AUGUCAGAAACACUGUCAGAAAGUCGGACCAAAAAAGUGAGCGAAUUCGACGAUGGCCGUAGGAGGCCAGUGUACAGUUGGAAAAAGUCGUUCUCGGAUUGGUGGAGGCAGUCAUGGAGCUCAGACUACACUGAUUCAAAAGUCGAGUCAAGGCUUCUUUCUUUCUUGCCGUUUUGGCCUUUGCCUGACUCUACGAGAACAGCAAAGUUUAUAGAUACUGACAUUGGAAACGGGGAACACGUGCACGAGUUUUACAUUGAAAAUACGGCUACUCCGGAAAAUGGGCUGCUGGCGCUCCCCAACCAGAUAGAUGAUUUGGUCAUUGUCCACGGAUACGCAGCUUCUUUAGGGCUCUUCUUCGAGAACUUCGACACUUUUUCGUCGGUCCCGGGCAUCAAAGUGCACGCUAUCGAUCUUCCCGGUUUCGGACUUUCUUCACGUCCUCCCUUCCCGAGGUACCCCUGUGAGACCAAAGAGGAUAUUUACAAAAUCGAAGAUUGGUUCAUAGACCGUUUGGAGGAGUGGAGAAAGAGAAGAGGAAUCAGUAGGUUUAUUCUUGUGGGUCAUUCGUUUGGCGGCUACUUGAGUUGCGCCUAUGCGAGGAAGUACAACAAGGUCAUUUCUGACGACCUGUCUCGCCGUUUGAUCGACAAAUUGGUGCUCUUGAGUCCUGUGGGUGUCGAGAGAAGUAAGCAUUCGCUAUUGCAAACGGUCCCAUUGUCGUCUGCACAAGUUUCUGACGAUGAAAGGCUGGCGGAAAAUAAGCAGGAUCCUAGUGUUCCUUACCAGAACGAAGUGUUAGCAGACCAGCAAAGUAUCAUCGAAGGAAAUGAGACUACACCCACUAACCAUCCAGGCUCGGCCACUAUGGAGCAGGAAAACUUUGGGCUGGACACUUUCAGGUGGCUCUGGAAUCAUCAUAUUUCUCCCUUCUCGAUCAUCCGUAAAGCAGGCCCGUUGAGGUCAAAGUGGAUAUCUGGAUGGACGGGGCAUAGGUUCUCCCAUAUUUACUUCGAAGACCCCGAGCGGUACCAGCACAUCCAUGACUAUUUUUACCGCAUCUUCAACGGCGCUGGCAGCGGCGAGUAUGCCAUUACUCGUGUUUUGGCACCCGUAGGACUCGCAAGGCUUCCUCUUCUUGACAGGUGCCCUGAGGCUUUUGUGAAGAUGCAAUUGCCCACAUUGUGGCUUUACGGAAGCAAGGAUUGGAUGAACGAAAAUGCCGGGGAGGAGAUGACGAAGGAGAUCAACAGGGUGGCCGAUCUGAAGGGACAGAAACCUCUUGCUCAGUUUGGAAUUAUCUCCAACGCGGGCCACCAUUUGUAUUUGGAUAAUCCCAAGGAGUUUGGGAAAAUAUUCCUUGACUUUUUGCGCAAAUAG